CCCCUCUCGAUCUGCUCUUCUCGCUUGUCCUCUACCUCUACCUCAAAAACAACUCCCCUCAAUUGUGACAAAACAAACACCCCACAAAAUGCGUCCAUCAAACCGACGAGAAGUGCUCGCCCGUCUGCGCGCGACCAUCGCCGAUGGCUCCAUCAUUGUCGGGGCCGGAGCAGGAAUCGGACUUUCCGCCAAAUUCAUCGAAAAAGGCGGCGCCGACCUCAUCCUGGUCUACAACUCCGGCCGAUUUCGCAUGGCCGGCCGUGGCUCUCUCGCGGGGAUGAUGCCAUACUCAGAUGCCAACGCAGUCGUGGUCGAGAUGGCCUCCGAAGUUCUCCCGAUUGUAGAAAACACCCCCGUCCUCGCAGGCGUCUGCGGCACCGACCCCUUCCGCAACAUGCGCCACUUCCUCACGCAGCUGCGCGACCUGGGGUUCGUCGGUGUCCAGAACUUCCCGACGGUCGGGCUCAUCGACGGCAACUUCCGCGCGAACCUCGAGGAGACGGGCAUGGGGUACGAGCGCGAGGUCGAGCUGAUCCGGCUGGCGCACGAGAUGGAGCUGGUCACGACGCCGUACGUGUUCAAUAUCGAUGAGGGGGAGCGCAUGGCGCGCGCGGGCGCCGACAUCAUCGUCGUGCAUCUGGGGCUGACGACCUCCGGCACGAUCGGCGCGCAGACGGCGGUCUCGCUGGAUGAUUCAGUCCGCAUCAUCCAGGAGGUGCGCGAUGCGGUGGUCCGCAUCAAUCCCGAGGUGAUUGUACUGUGUCAUGGUGGGCCGGUCGCGGCGCCGGAGGAUGCGCAGUAUGUGCUGUCGCGGGUGAAGGGGGUGCAUGGGUUCUUCGGCGCGAGUAGUAUGGAGCGAUUGCCGGUGGAGAGGGCAAUUGAGGAGAAUGCGAAGGCGUUCAAGGGGGUGAAGCUUGGAUGAUGCUGAGUGGGGUUGUGUAUGUAGUGUGGAUUGAUUGCGAACUGGACAAGAUUGUUGUAGGUAGAUUGUGUAUGCUGUGCCGCCGGAGUAUGCCCGAUCGGGUAAAUUCCCGGCGAGAGGAUGAGGGAUAUCGCAGUGGAGAAUGGAGAGUUAAGUCAAAGUGCA